AUGUCGGGAAUUCCAGGGCGCCGGCUGAUCCCCGCCGCGCUGGCGCUGCUGCUCGCCGCGCUGCUAUGCACGCCCCGGUGCGCUGACGCGUCGCCCUUCCGGCGGAACGUCCAGCUGCCGGAUCCCGGGCGGUUUGUGCGCAGCGUGGCGAUCGACCCGUCCUACUCCAUCACAGUCAACACCACAACCCUCAAAGGCGCCUCCGCAUGGGUGAAGGUCAGCUGGAACAUCGGCGGUACCGCCUUGUCCCGCAAGCUCCGCGCCCUGUGCCUGUGGCCCACCUACUGCUCCUCCAACGACCUGCUCGCCCUCUACCUGCCCGGGGAAGGCAGUGCCAGGCAAGCAGGGCUUCCAGCCCAGAUCGCCCCAGUCAAGUUCAUCUGGACCCAGCUAGCCUCCCCUGCCACCUGGAGGGCUGGUGUGGGCAGCUACACCUUCCAGGUGCUCAACAUGCGCCAGCCGCUGCAGUUUGUCUACAUGCGGGGAUCCUGGCUGAACUCCAACGACCUGGUGGCGCAGACCCCCAACAUCACCUUCAGCGCUUCCAACACCCCCAUGCACAUCCGCCUGGCAGCCACCGCAAGCACCGGCCAGAUGCGAGCCACGUGGACCACCGACGCCAAGCCCGCCCGGCCCACCGUGCGGUGGGGCACUAGCCCCGGGAAUUACAGCGGUACCGCUACCGGUACCUCUUGGACCUACACCCGCUCAAACCUGUGCGGCCCGCCCGCCACCACUAUUGGCUGGGUGAACCCCGGCUACCAGUCGAGCGCCGUCAUGACUGGCCUGCUGCCCUCCACACGCAUCUACUACGUCGUGGGCGAUGCCACCCUGGGCUGGAGCCGGCAGUUCUCCUUCCUGACCGCCCCCUCCUCCUCCACCGCAGCAGGCAGCCCCGGGUCCACGGUGCGCCUGCUGGCGGCGGCCGACAUGGGCCACUGGCAGCCCGACGGCAGCCUGGAGUGGAACCCUCAGAUCCAGCCGGUGCUGGCCAGCCUGAAUCUGACCAUCGGGCCUGGGUCUCCUCUGUACUGUGCCCAGCAAAACGUACUGACGGUGGCCGCCCAGGUGGGGCAGCGCGGCAGCGAGUGGACCAUCAAGGCGCUGGCGGCGGAGGCGGCGUCCGGGCGCUACCACGGCUUUGUGCUCAACGGCGACAUCUCUUAUGCCCGCGGGCUGGCCGCACAGUGGGAGACCUGGCUGCACCAGAUGCGCAAUGUGCUGCCCGCCAUGCCCUCCAUGCUCUCCAUCGGAAACCACGAGGCCGACUGGCCGGGACCCCAGGCCCUCUACAACAGCACCGACUCUGGAGGGGAGUGCGGCGUGGUGAGGGGGGCGGGUGGGGGCGGUGGUAACUGGCUGGUGGCAGCCAUCAGCCUGCAGGUCUACCAGAAGCGCUUCCCUCUACCCAACGGCUCCCCUCCCGGCAAGGUCGGCACGUACUGGUACAGCUUCCGCCUGGGUCCCAUCACCUUCAUCCAGAUGAGCUCGGAGCACCCCUUUGCCAAAGGCACCCCACAGAACGCGUGGGUGCGCGCGCAGCUGGCCGCCGUCAACCGCACCCGCACGCCGUGGGUGGUGGUGGGCCUGCACCGCAUGCCAUACGUGGACUCCCAGGACGGGCAGGCGCCUGGGUCGGACCAGCUGGUGGCGCAGCAGCUGCGGGCGGCGUACGAGGGCAUGUGGUUUGACUACAGCGUGGACAUGGUGUGGUAUGGCCACGAGCACACCUACCAGCGCAGCUGCCCCCUGUACAACUACUCUUGCGUUGCGCCUAACCGCGAUGGCACCCAGAGGGCCCCGGUCUACGCCCUGUUCGGCAACGCCGGCUACGACAUCAUGCCCACCAACUGGAUGCCCACCCAGCCCGCCAUCUUCUCCGCGGCCCAGGGCGGCGUGGAGGGGCUGCAGUACGGCUACGUCCGCGUGUCCGCCAAUGCCACGCGGCUCAAGUACCAGGGUGUCAACGCCUACACAGGCGCCGUCAUGGACACGGUGCUGCUCACCAAGCCCGCGGGCUGGCAGCCCAAGUCGGUGACGGCGCGCCGCGCGGAGCGCGCGGCGCUGCCCGGCGGCGUCGCGCCCAACGGCACCAGCCUGAGCAUCCUGGAGGACCUGCUGACGCUUUCCACCCUGCAGUACGUCAUGUCCAACAUCCGUACCUUCGUCCAGCAGACCGCGCAGUACUUCUACUCAGGCUCCAAGACGUGCAAGGCCCUGUUGGACCCCGCCGACGACAUCUCCACCCCGCAGUUCUCCCAGCCCUUUGUGCUCAACCUCAUGAACUACCUGCAGGCCGUCAUCAAGCCCAACAACGCCUCCAACACCGUGCUGCGCCAGCUCGUCAACUUCCAGGAGCAGCUGUGGACCACCGGACGCAUCGGCCAGAUCAUCGCCAGUGGCAACGGCGGGCUGAGCAAGAAGAAGAAGAAGUGA